AUGUCUUUGGUUUUGGAACUUGGAGUGAGGGAAUUUGUCUUCUUCAUUAUCCAUGGUCAUUCUCAGAUAGCUCUGGAAAGCGACCACCUUUUCACGACACAGAAGCCAUGUCACCAUUUGUGGUGCCCCAUCCCCCACCUCAUUACAGAGGGGGCCACUCGUCAGAGUGGGAUGCCGGCUGGUCUUGAGGACGCAUGUAGUGCGCGCCUCUUGUCCGUCCAACAGUGUCUCACUGUUGGAGAAAUUGUUGCGCUAGUGCCGAUGCCCUAUGCCGACACCGCUUGCAAGUUCCUAGAACUCGUCUUCUCUUCUCGUGAGAAAGAGUUGGCAGCAGAUGCGGCUCAUAAAAAGCUGCAAGCUCUGCACAAUGCGGGUAAUUUCCCCUCUUGGCUAGGUAGCUCUAGCCCUGAGAUGCCGCUUACUAAGCAGUUUAAAGAGGAAAAAUGGGAGGAGAGCUCUGCGCUUGAGAAGGCAUAUCUCGCUUACAAGAAAGAGCAGCUAGACAGGGCUAUUGCCCUUAAGUUGUCAGAAGCUUCUAUGUACCAAAAUGCCCUCACAGAACACACCAUGUACAAUUAUAUUGUACCUAAAUUCGCCAUCAUCCACAAAGAGCAGACAAGGCUUUGCCAAAUCCCCACUCUGGGAAUGGUUGAUAGCCAUGGUAUUGAAGGGCCCUUAAGGGUUGUAGCAUGGGAGGAGCUUAUGUACUCGCUGACACCAAAUAUCACAAAGUGGUCCUUGAAGGCAGAUGCCGAUGUUGCAAUGGGAGAAGUGAUGGCAUCAGGCAGUAAAUCCAUGGAGUCCCUCAUAGACCGCAAGGUCUCCACGGCCUUCAAGAAAAUACAGAAGCUCCAUAAUGCGCACAUCAAAGAGAGGAAGAACAAGAUCAACUUCGUGAAGAGGGCAGCAAAAAGGAGGAGAAAGUCAACGGACCAAUCAGAGGGCGCAAGUAGAAGCAACGCAGCCCCUCCCCCUGCCAAGAAAGGCAAAAAAAGCGGAGAGCCUUACAAGGGGAAGAUCAACAAGUUGAAGAAGGACAGGAAGGGCAAAUGGAAAGCCCCCCGGAAAUAA